CCCUCGUGUGUUUCUCCUCUAUCGUGUGUUUCUCCUCUCCUCUUUCUCAUCGCUUCUCCCCCUCUUUCGGACUGCAUCACCUCGCAUCUCCUCGCAUGCCAUCCUCAAUUCCUUCUCCAUAAUCCAGCCAUCUCGCUUGCCUCUCAUUCGCUCCAUUUGGUUUGUGUCAUGCAUGCAUUGAGCUAUACCUUCCCAGUCCACGCCAUCUUCCAGUAACCCUCCUAGCGCACGCGUCUCUCCACAACCCUCACCCUUCGCCACACUCACAAUCAAUUUUCCCUCCUCAAUCUCAGGCAGCCUCGUUCGCCAUGGAAGAAAGCGCCUCGUCGCGUCCCACCAACACCCCCGAGGGGUCCGUCGGAGCAGACGAUCACAACCCGUCGAGCUCCGCGAAGAACCCGGCCCUCAAAGAUCGGCAAUGCAAAUACUGCCACCAGGCAUUCACCUCAUCCUCCCUCGGACGCCACCUCGAUCAAUUCAUGUUCAAGAAGAAACCCGAUGGCAUCCACGAUGUCGAGGAGAUUCGACGCAUUCGAAGUGAGAUCACGCGACGCCAGGCCCGCACCUCGUCCGGCAGACGCGACACCCCCGAGCGAACACCGGGCAAACGUCAACAAGACCUAUUCAGCUCGGGCGACUCGGGCACGAAGCCACGCGACGGCGCGUAUAGGAUGAUGUUCAACACCCCUACGUGGCAUGCGACCGGAGUCAUCAACGACAUCCCGAAUCCGAGCCAGGCGCAGGAGGGCACCUCCGCCCAUUCGCGCAUUGCGCCUUCGCAGUCUCGAACCGGAUCCUUCACCUUCACGGAUAGACACAAUUCGAGUAAUCCGGACACCAUGCGGGCGCUGGAAUUGGCUUUGCGCGAGGUGCUAGAUAACAUCAAGGCUGCAACCUCUCGAAUGCGCCCCCGACUCUCUCCAUUUGACUUUGACAUCCAAUCGCAAACGUUUCCCUCCCUCUGUCUGCAGCUUCUCCCUCCUCCGCCCAGCCUCUUCGCGACCAACCCAUUCCCCUCACCUACAUCUUUCCCACUCCAACCUCCGGGAGUCGAGCACCUCGAAAUUGUCCGACAAGCUCUCCGCGCCAAAAUUGAACAAUGGCAGUCCGACCAACUCUCUUCCGUUGAGUCCGGUUCUCACCCUCAUUCCGGCCGCCCAUCGACCUACGGGCUCGACUCCAGUAUGAUCAGCCGCAGCGCCCAACAACACGAAGACCUCAGCCUCCGUCAUCUUGAACUCGCCUUCAAGCACUGGGCCUCUUUGUCCCAGGAAAUGCGCAAAGAUGCUUGGCAACUCGAGAUCACGCGCGCUUUCGCUCGCGAAAUGGACAAGCGCAAAUCCUUGGACGAUCAGCUCGCCCGUGUCCAACAGGAAGCCAACCAACUCCGCGCCCAGGUCGAACGACUCGGUUCCUGCCAAUGGCCGCGAGAGUUUGCACUCUUCCCGCCUGACACCUUGCCUCUUCCGCGGGAUGUCGCCAAGGAGCUGGACGCGCACCAGAGCCAGAUCUCCCCUACCUCAUCGAGAUGGGAUUACGACAGUGUUGUUGCGAAAUGGAAGCGAGUUGUGAUGCAUGAUAAGGGAAUGGGUCGCGUGGGCGUAGGCUACACAGCCUCCCUUCAGCAGCAGCAACAUCAAGAUGAUCUCCCUCAGAUAGCGCCUUCUAGCACAGAAACAAGACAGCAGCGCAGUGCGACGGCCACAGCAGGCGAUGACAGGACAGCAAGCAGAAUGCUACACCCUCCGACGGGCGCCUCGGCCUUGAGUCCCGAUCCUUCCCCAACGAAUCCCGCCCCUAUUCCCAGCGCAGCACCCGCAUCAUCAUACCAGCAGCAGCAGCAACAACAACAACAACAACAACAACAAUCACAGCAACACCAGGAUUCCGUGACUCGCAGCCCUGAAACGGGCCCUCACGCUAAACGCCCUCGCUUGAUGAACGGCCAUCAUACGGCGACGGCAGCGCCAUCCGCUGUCGGACACGACGCCCCAGAGGGCAAUGUCCCUAGCUCUGGCGUACCUGUACCAUUGUCCUCGCCAACCGUAACUACCGGUGCCGGCAGCACAUCAGCCCAACACUCCACCGGCUCCUCCAGCCUGUGGACCGCCCCGCAACAAUCCGGCGGUGGUAUCCCCUCUAACCCCACGGGUACAGCCUCCGGGACUUCCGCACCGACGCCGCCGCCCUCCUGCUCAGAGACGGCUUAAUGGGUGUCUGAGGCAACUAGCUUGCCUUUGGCACUCUUCUCCUCCCACCGACUGGGACGCCUCGAAACUUACAUUUCCUGAGAAGACAAAUGUACCCUCGUCAUUCAGAAAAUGAAGGUAGAACCGGGUAUAUUCUCAUCACCGACUCAAGGUCACUAUAUACAACCAUCUAUCUAUCUAUCUAUCUAUCUAUCUAUCUACCUCAAUCAUCGUUGAAAGUGUGUCCGAUCUUAACGUCGGGGAGAAGCAACAGUGGACCCACACUCCCCCACAAGUAUAGGUUAUAACAGGAUGAAGGGGCACCCUAUGCCAACUGAGUGGUAUGUCAUCUUGAGGAUUGUUUCUAUUGU